CCCUCUUAAAGGGCCGAACGCCACUGCGACGGCACGCGGGAGGAAAGCAGGGACAGUGUUCGACCGAGAAUACACGCCAUGAAGAUCUCUGCCGUCGGAACCACCGUCUUGCUUCUGGCCUGCGUCGCGUGCAACUAUGGCCAGAUGGACAUGGAAAAAGGGUUUGGCAUGAUCAAGAAAGCCAUGUCCUGCUUCGGCAACGUGGACCUAACCAAAAUGAUGCAAACGAAGGGCGACGGCAUGAACCCGGCGAAGCUUAUGAAGGCGUUCCAGAGUUGUAAAUCGCAACCUAUGGAUCAAAUGGUCCAGUGCGUGGGACGUGAAGCGGGUUUAAACUCGACGGUAUUGAAUUGCCUGAACGGUGUGAUGAGAAGUUCCAGCACGCAGUAGCACCUGCCGCACGAGUUGAGUAAUUUCGAGCGGCGAGCGGCUUUCCACUUUCAGCCACGAAUAAAGGUCUCCGUCUAA